AUGGGGAAACAUAAACGUCAAAACGUUAUCCAAAAACGUCAGCAAAAGAACUUCACGGCGCUCAUGAAAAAAAAGGAAAGAAAAGAGAGGCGAAAGAAUUUGACGGAACAUCGCGCGCAGUUGCGCGAAAAUAAUUUCCUUGGCGUCUUCACCAGCAUUGCAGAGUACACCCGCCGUCAAACAUUCUCGUUAGCGACGAAAGCACUCGAUGUUCACUCACACGUCCCCAACGAGAGUUGCUUUGUUGAUUGUUACGUUGAAAAGACGGGUUAUUUGUUGAAACGAGAACGAAAAAAAAGUUUUACUGGAUACGAAUGUAUCGUUGUAAAAUUUAACAAAAAAAUUACGAUUGAAGAAUACUUGGAGCAAUUCCUCGAAGGCUCUCAAGAGUUUGAACACGAACUACGCCGUCUUGCUUCCGCGCAACGACGUUUUAUUGAACCCGUGUAUGCGAGACGAAAUGAACCAAAGGCUUUCGAUUUUCACUGGUCGAGCAGAGAUGGAUUUUUAAUUUUGGCAAUUCACGACAUUCUCCAGAGCAACGCUGCUAAUCCUUUUCGAAUCAUUACGCAAUAUGGACAGAUCUUCGAUAUCGACUUCUCUCAGCUCGAAUGCUUGCGCAUGCUUCCAGAAAACAAAGUGAAAACAGCUGAGUUAUACUCUCACAUUUGUUUGGAAGAAACUGAAAUUCUGAGAUUUCACACGUCCGUUUCAGAUUGCUUGCGCGAGCGCACGAGUUACAAUUUUCGCAACGGCAAGAAAGGCUUAGAAUGGUUUUUGAUUGGAUUCGCGAGUGGGUCUUGUCAAGAUAUAGUGCACGCGGCGAAGGUGUUGAUUGAGCGAUAUCCAGAACGAUUUGGACCGAAUGGGACGUGUUUUCUGCGUUGCGUUUUACUCGACGAGAAGUUCAAAUUCAGAGCAUUUAAGAGACAAAAGCUCUUCAAACAUGCCAAUCGUCUCGUGUAUUCGGGCAGUACGGAUACAAUUGUAGUUUCGUCGAUACCCAUGAAUCAUCAAACGAACGUAUUGAGACAAAUGAAGGAGUUGGAAGGGUUUGUUGGACGAACGCUUUUCAAUUUUGUGCGAGCGGAUUACAGUCUCUUUACGCAUUGUUAUCAUUUUUAUAAGAUUCGAUUCCAGUGUUUAUUAUUCACUGCAGGUUUAAGUUGCACGCCAUUCUCGCGGCUCAAUACGACGCCGAAAAUAGGGCACGAGGAAGGACUCAGUGCCGGAUGUGAUGACGUGCUCAUUGUGUUUUCUUUCAUCGCAGCGUGCGCGUGUUUGCUUUUUGUGGUUGAAAAUACGGGUAGUAAUACUAGCAAAAAAACGAAGAAUAGAAGACUCGCCACGCAGCCGUGCAUGCAGGCUCUCGCGGAUUAUCGAACGACGUUCACGCAUUGCGCGAUUUCUACAGAAUUCGAGGGUCUUCCGUUCGUUGAUGACGACGAUGAUGACCCAACGAUCCGGAAAAAGACGGAUUGUUUUUCCAACGGACAUCGAGUCCCCCACGGUUCCUGCGGGGAAGAAGAUUUUCUCCUCUCGAACGGGACGAAAAAGAAAUGGACGUGCGAGUUUAAGCAUCUCACGAACAAACACACCGAGUUACCGAAUGCUUCAGCUGCUCGUUCCUUGUGGCCUUGCAAUUUCUUUCGGGCGUUUUGUUCGUCUCUCUUGUACGUUCUCGACGGACUUCCACUCGGACGUUUGCGCGAGUGGGGGCGGGAAGACGAGAAUCACGUCAGAGAACAAAAAAGAGUCUUGUUAGAAGAAAGGUUUGCGUAG